AUGGCCCGACACUACAACACGACGAUGUCGGAGUUCAUGAAUGCGCGAGGACCGGGUUUCAAACAAUCAGGCGCUAAAUUUGUGUACUUGGAAACAUUGACGCUGCUUUCACUUUGGUCGAGCAAGAUGGAGUCGAUAUCUGAAUCUCAAACGAAAGAGUCGAAAAGCUGA